UCAAGCCAGAGUUUCACUUUGUUGCAAACCUCGUGCGGGGUUGCUCCGAAUCGCAUAUGACCCGGAGCAAGUGUGUUUCAAGACACGCUUAGGUACUUAUUAAGUCUGGUAAGUAGUCGAGGCUUGAAAGAGGCAACAACCGCUUUAACCUAUCGUGGCUGCUUCCAUGCCUGAUGCCCUCGCAAUUGAAAGCUCACGCACCAACGCUAAGCCUCUUUUUCCCACCAAUAUCUUUCCCACAUUCCUAGAUCCCUCGAUAUGACCCCGGUGCCCGACCGUCGAUAGUGUAGCGUUGAGACAGCGGCUUGCUUGGCACGCAGCGCGCCUCGAGGACAAAGAGUGGCAGUCCGGGUCCAAGGAAAUGGCCGGGGACGAAGCGGUGGACUGCCCCUUUUGUGGCUGGACAAGUGAUUCUGGCGAAUAUGGAAUGUUGCUGCACAUCGAAACUCUCCACUCCGAGGGAGAGUCGCCGUUCACGGCGAGAGAAGAUAGUGCGGUAGAGGACUCUGGGACAACUGAAAACUUGGAUUACGUCGAGUGUCCGGUUGAUGGCUGCGGCGAUCUCAUUGUCCUUCAGGAGUUGGACUAUCACCUCGAGCUUCACUCCCAGGAAGAGGCAGACAGCGUCCAGGAGAAGUCAGCCGUGAAAUCUGUCACUGAGGCCGCACCUUGUACCUCGGGUCCUUCGAGAAUGCAUCGCGAGGCAGGAAGGCACCGCCAGUCCACCGACGACUCGGAUAAGAACGACCGCCAGGCGAACGCCAUCUCGGCUUGGAGGCGGUUGCUUAAAAUGCCCGGAUCCUCGUCAGGUCAUGGCAUUCUGUCGUUUAAGCGACAACAGAAUGAGAAGCAUUCAUCAGCUGGGCAUUCCAUCCGCGGCAAGAGGCUUAGUAAGGCACACCUGGGUAAGUACGCGUACGAGGAGCGCAUGCCGGAUUGGCUGGUAGUACUGCUCAAGAAGGGCGGCCAGAAUACGUCCCAAGGCGUCGUCUCUGUGAUAGCGCAGUUGCUGGAGCAGAGCACGUCGACAAAGUACGCUUAUCUCUGCCAUCCAUGCAUACAGCAUGUGUCCAAGCUGAGGCGUGAGGGGGGGUUCUGUGGCUACCGAAACAUCCAAAUGAUGUUUUCAUACAUUAUACACACGAAGUUCAAGGGCCACGAAUACCUCCGCGACGCCCUUCCGUCCAUCUUCCAGAUCCAGGAAUGGAUUGAGACUGCCUGGGAUCAGGGAAUCAACGCUCAUGGCCGUGCUGAGACGGGAGGCAUCAGGGGAACAAGGAAAUACAUUGGCACACCAGAGGCGCAGGCAAUUCUCCGUCUUCUAGAGAUUCCAUGCGCUGCUCAGGCGUUUAAGCAUCCGGAGCCUGCCAAGUCGGAGGCGCUGCUCAUGGAGCACGUUGAAAACUACUUCCAGUCAGGCGUCGAGGAUCCCUCGCAGCACAUCCGGAAAACCAAGCUACCACCCCUUUUCCUCCAGCACAACGGCCACUCCAUCACCAUCAUUGGGUUCGAGAAAGAAAGAAACGGGGCCAAGAAUCUGAUUGUGUUUGACCCAUCCUUCCGCGAUUCGUCGCCUAUCGUGCGCCUCAUCGGGCAGACGUUUGUCCACCCCACGCCGGAUGUCGCCCUGAAACAGUACCGUCGGGGAACCAAGUAUCUCAAGGCGUACAGGGAGUUUGAGAUGCUGAGACUAGUAGUAAAAGAUGACCCAAAGCCUGAGCAAUAGGUGGACAAAUUCAAGGGCGGUCGGUCGCGGCUCUGUUCUUCAUCCAAGGUUUGGGUGUGUAGAGAAUCUGGGCAUAGCUUAGUGGCACGUAGCGAGCGGGAGUGUCUUUCCAGCGACGGGGUGUCAUGGCAUUUUGACUCUGUAUUUUAGCAUUGUGAUUCAGCGUUGCUUUUCUCAG